AUGCAAUUGUCUGUCGCUUCAAUUACUGUGUUGGCAUUAUUUAUUUGCUCAGCACAAGCAAAUUUUUUCCUUUUUGCAGAUUUUUUUUUCAGUUUCCUUCCACAAGCUCCAGCUCCAGAUAAAGCUCCAAAAUGUAAUACUCCAAAAGUUUAUUGUGACUUAGAUUCAAAAAAUAAAAGAGAUCUCACUAUAAAUAAAAAUUUUGAUGCUGCUUUUGUUGUCUCAGAUGCUCAAAUUAAUGCAGAUGGUACUUACAAUGUUUUCGCUAAUUAUGAAGCUGGUAACUUAGCUAGUUUAGAAGCAAAUUUUAAAGAUACAGUUAAGAAAAUCACACUUAAAGGUACUGGUUUAACUGAUGUUGAAAUUUAUGAUAGUUUAAAACUUGAUGCUUCCUUAAAAAGUCCUUUCAAAUGGUCAACUGCUUUCCAAUGUAAACCAAUAAUUAAAGAUGGUAAAUGUUGUUUACCGGAUGGAUUUGAAAUUAUUACCGAUUUUAAAGAUGAAGUAGAUGAUUUACUUAAAGAAAAAAUUGAAGCAAUUAAAAAAAUCUUUGGUGGUUUAUCAAUUCAACUUAAAAUUGAAAGUAUAAUUGAUGGUUUGAAAACUUUUGAUAUUGAAAGUUAUUUCAAUUCUCAAUUAUCAUUAUUUAGUAAAAGAGAUGACGGUUUUGAAGAUGGUGUUACUGGGUUCUCAACUUAUGAUAAAAGAACUAUUGAUUUUUUUUUCAACUUAUUAAAUGGUUGGACUCAAAAAGGUUGUCAAGUUAAACAAUUUUGUUGGGAUUGUUCAUGUAAUCCUUCAUCAAGUUCAAGUAUUGUAUCUAGUACUAUUUCAUCCAGUGCUUCAGUUCCAUCAAUUUCAAAAUCAAUCCCAUCAAUAUCUAAAUCAAUUCCAUCAUUAUCUAAAUCAAUUCCAUCAAUUUCAAAAUCAAUCCCAUCAAUUUCAAAAUCAAUCCCAUCAAUUUCAAAAUCAAUCCCAUCAAUUUCAAAAUCAAUCCCAUCAUUAUCUAAAUCAAUCCCAUCAUUAUCUAAAUCAAUCCCAUCAUUAUCUAAAUCUAUCCCAUCAUUGUCCAAAUCUAUCCCGUCAUUAUCUAAAUCAAUCCCAUCAUUAUCUAAAUCAAUCCCAUCAUUAUCUAAAUCAAUCCCAUCAUUAUCUAAAUCAGAAUCAUUACCAAGUGGUCCAGUCUCAGAAUCUUCAAGCUUUGGUUCAUCAAAUAGCUCAGGUUCAUCAUCAAUUGUUUCACCAACAGGUCCAGUCUCAGAAUCUUCCAGCUUCGGUUCAUCAAGUAGCUCAGGUUCAUCAUCAAUUGUUUCACCAACAGGUCCAGUCUCAGAAUCUUCAAGCUUUAGUUCAUCAAGUAACUCAGGUUCAUCAUCAAUUGUUUCACCAACAGGUCCAGUUUCAGAAUCUUCAAGCUUUGGUUCAUCAAGUAGCUCAGGCUCAUCAUCAAUUGUUUCACCAACAGGUCCAGUUUCUGAAUCCUCAAGUGUUGGUUCAUCAAGUAGCUCAGGCUCAUCAUCAAUUGUUUCACCAACUGGUCCAGUUUCUGAAUCCCCAAGUGUUGGUUCAUCAAGUAGCUCAGGCUCAUCAUCAAUUGUUUCACCAACUGGUCCAGUUUCAGAAUCUUCAAGUUUUGGUUCAUCAAGUAGCUCAGGCUCAUCAUCAAUUGUUUCACCAACAGGUCCAGUUUCUGAAUCCUCAAGUGUUGGUUCAUCAAGUAGCUCAGGCUCAUCAUCAAUUGUUUCACCAACUGGUCCAGUUUCUGAAUCCCCAAGUGUUGGUUCAUCAAGUAGCUCAGGCUCAUCAUCAAUUGUUUCACCAACUGGUCCAGUUUCAGAAUCUUCAAGUUUCAGUUCAUCAAGUAGCUCAGGCUCAUCAUCAAUUGUUUCACCAACAGGUCCAGUUUCUGAAUCCUCAAGUGUUGGUUCAUCAAGUAGCUCAGGCUCAUCAUCAAUUGUUUCACCAACAGGUCCAGUUUCUGAAUCCUCAAGUGUUGGUUCAUCAAGUAGCUCAGGCUCAUCAUCAAUUGUUUCACCAACAGGUCCAGUUUCAGAAUCCUCAAGUGUUGGUUCAUCAUCAAUUGUUUCACCAACUGGUCCAGUCUCACAACCUUCUGGUCCAGUUUCAGAAUCCUCAAGUGUUGGUUCAUCAUCUAUUGUUUCGCCAACUGCCCCAGUCUCACAACCUUCUGGUCCAGUUUCAGAAUCAAGUGGUUCAUCAAUUAACUCAGGUUCAUCACCAAUUGUUUCACCAACUGCUCCAAUUUCACAACCAUCAGGUCCAGUAUCCCAACCAUCAGGUCCGGUUUCAAUUCCAACUGCCCCAUGGAGUAAUUCUUCAAUUAGUUCAGCUCCAGGUCCAAUCAUAACUUCAUCAAGUUCAAUAAAUACUCCACCUUCAGGUUCAGUUACUAUUGCUUCACCUGCUUCAUCAUCAGGAUCAAACAAUGGCAAUGAAGGAUCUGCUAUUCCAAGUCUUUCAAGCUCAGUUAAUGCUUCACCAUCGGGUCCAGCAACUCCUCCACCUUCUUCGUCAGCUGGAACAGGUGAGAACGGCAAUGGAGGAUCAGGUAACAAUGGUAACGGAGGCUCAGGUAACAAUGGUAACGGAGGCUCAGGUAAUAAUGGUUCAAACAAUAACGGCAAUGGAGGAUCAGGUAACAAUGGUAACGGAGGUUCAGGUAACAAUGGUAACGAAGGCUCAGGUAACAAUGGUAACGAAGGCUCAGGUAAUAAUGGUUCAAACAAUAACGGCAAUGGAGGUUCAGGUAACAACGGUUUAGGUAACAAUGGUCAAGGUUCCAACAAUGGAGAAGGAUCAAAUAAUGGUCAAGGCUCUAGCAACGGUCAAGGUUCUAGCAAUGGAGAAGGAUCAAACAAUGGUCAAGGUUCUAGCAAUGGAGAAGGAUCAAAUAAUGGUCAAGGUUCCAGCAAUGGUCAAGGUUCUAGCAAUGGAGAAGGAUCAAAUAAUGGUCAAGGUUCCAGCAAUGGUCAAGGUUCUAGCAAUGGAGAAGGAUCAUCAAACAGUGGUAGUGGUAGUGGAAGCUCACCAUCAGGUUCAGGAUCAUCAAAUAGUGGUAGUGGAAGUGGAAGCUCACCAUCAGGUUCAGGAUCAUCAAAUAGUGGUAGUGGCAGUAAAAGCUCACCAUCAGGUUCAGGAUCAUCGAACAGUGGUAGUGGCAGUGGAAGUUCACCAUCAGGUUCAGGAUCAUCAAAUAGUGGUAGUGGUAGUGGCAGUGGAAGCUCACCAUCAGGUUCAGGAUCAUCAAAUAGUGGUAGUGGUAGUGGAAGUUCACCAUCAGGUUCAGGAUCAUCAAAUAGUGGUAGUGGUAGUGGCAGUGGAAGCUCACCAUCAGGUUCAGGAUCAUCAAAUAGUGGUUCAGGAUCAUCAAAUGGUAAUGGAAAUGGUUCAUCAGGUUCAGGAUCUUCUUCAUCAAGUCCAAACGCUUCUACUUCAAUCAGUAGUAGUCCUUCAUCAGCAUCUGUUAGUAUUAAUACUUACGAAGCCUCAGGUGCAUCUACACAAUAUUCAAUUGGUGCUAUCAUUCUUGGUGCUAUUGCUAUGUUCGUUUAA